ACUGCAGGCCAGUACUCUGAGAGUAAACUGUCGUGUGUUGAGUGUCCAGUGCAUUCAGUUUAAAUAAGUAAUUUGUGUUUUAUGAUACAUAUUUUAAUUUGUCAAGUAGCGAAAGGCAGAAUGUGCACGAAGAGCGUCUGUCUCCGCUCCCUCCUAAUUAUUUUGAGUUCGUUCAUUUCUUGCUGUCCAGCUGUUGAAAACACCACGAAAUGUGGACUCAGGUGUUCGCAGGGUCUGCAAUGCAUAAACAAAAACCUGACUUUCAAUGUGCAGCACCGUUACUGCCGUGAGCCUCCAUCAUCCUUGCCCUCCAAAGUUUUGGAGGAUCUCAAAAUAUUUACAGUGUUGAAAUGCAGAAAGGAGCGACAAUGUUCCAUUCACCUCAAAGCUAAAGGGACAUUGAUUCUUAAUGAACAUAUCCGUGGUGUGGAAAUGUGCUCUUUUUCAAUGACAACGUUACGAUACCAAUGUGUUAUUGUGAAAUUCAAUAAACAUGGAUAUAAGAAGUUUAUAGGACAUCCUGUACAAAUUGAAUAUGAUUGUUUCAAUGCUGAAAUGGAAGAAUAUACUCAAGUGACACUUAGGACAAUUCCUUACUAUUGUGAUGUCUUCAUAAAACAGGAAUACGAAGUAGGAGAUUGCACUGAUAAAGAUAUUGGAAAAAGUAUCUCAACCUGUAUAGCUGGAAAAUUAGACUAUGUUAUUGAUGAAAAACAGAAGUCAUUGUCUGUUCAAGUUUCUGAAAUCGUAGAAGAUCUUGCCUACCAUGUGCGCUUAUGCCACAAAUGGUUUAUUUGUGAAGAUUUGGGAACCAGUGCAUUGAUUAAAGUCCAAGACUCCAAAGAAGUCACCUUGCCAUACUCUCGGAUAUUGCCCUGUUUGUGUAUUGAGGGCUGGUCAGCACUGCCUGAUGCUAGAAGGGUACAACUUUGUCCGUUUAAAAACUAUACAGCUGAGCUUUGGAAUGGUAUAACAUAUGAUCAUGUAUCACAGGAAUUGGCCUGGGAACAGGUCUGUCCUAUGGAAGUCAGUGUAAACCUCUGCUGGAUGAUUAGAAGCAGUGACCAUUGCAUUGAUCUACAAAAUUCCUUCCACAAAAGACAACAUAAAGUCAGGUAUUCACGCGUAGAUCCACAUCCAAGACUUUGUGUAAAGUUUACCACAAGUGAAGGUGUUUGGGUCAGAUGUCCUUUUUCUUUUGGAUAUUCACCAGCUUGGAACAUGACUUUUGAUGAGCAGUACAGUAAGCUUCAGUUUACAUUCAAGACUUUGAACAAGGCUGACUUCAAGAUGGCGUUGUGUAACAGGACUGCCCCCCAUGAGUGUGACCCACUGAAGGAGCUGCAGGUUACUGCAAAUACGGUUGGUGCCUACACUCGAGUUUUUAACCUGUCACAGGAAGAAUAUGACAGCAAUUUUUGUAUACAGGGAUGGCGGACAGAUGUAGAAUAUUCUGUUCGGAUUCAGUUCUGUGACAUCAUGUGGAUUACAGAAUUAAAAGCCACGGGUACUUCCUCAACGUAUACCUGGCCAGUUGCAAUCAUUAUGAUUUUAGUGAUUCUACUGACUGUGAUCCUUGUUGCAGGAUACAUGGUCUGCAGAGCUCUUCAUCGUCCAUACAGAAAAGUGGCUCAGCAUUCAAGCCAGUCAUCCAAAAGAAUGUCCGUGGACACACAAGAAGUCUCUCCCCUCUCAAGUUUUUAAUCAUAUACAUCGAGCUCAGCAAAGAUUUUGCUAAAUUUCUCUGUGAAAUGAAGAGAACAUUUACUCUGAGCUGCUUCUGUGAAAAGAAGGUUUAGAACAUUGAGCAGAUCUCCUACUAUUUAUUGCAGCAUACGUUGCCUAAGAUUGUGGGUGCAACACUUAUUCUAGUUUUAUCAGAAGCACACAUAGAAAAGCUUCAAUACUCAUUUAUGAAGAAGUGAAAAGACAAUAAGCUUGAGAAUAGAUAUUUUGUUGUUCUGCUUUUGAUAAUGGACCAACCUUUUGUUUUCAGGUCUAAGUAUGUAAAGGUGCAGACAAUCCAGAUGUAGCUAGUUAUUCAACUAGUAUACUCUGAAUUAAAUGUAUUAUUGUGGUGCUUGCAGCUAUAGAAUACAUCGAGUAUUUUUCAUCUUUUUGCCCUUAGAUUAGUGAUUCCUUAUAGUUGAUGGUAGCUGUAGAGUUAAGAAGUUUUUUAGCUAUGACAAAGGGUCAGUUAGACUCGAAACAUCAGCUCUUUUAUCUCCUGACAGAUGCUGCCAGACCUGCUGAGAUUUUCCAGCAUUUUCUCUUUUGGUUUAAGAAACCCUUUUUUUUCUUAGUUUAUCCAUGAAUCUAGGUGUUAAUGUGUGUCUAGAUUCUUCAGGGAUUGGCAUAUCUUUGCCUGAUACAGAGAAUUCGGAAGUUCUUUUAUUUGCACAAAGCCAAUUGCAUAUUUUCUCAUUCUCUCUCUCUCUCUCUCUCUCUCUGUCUCUCUCUCUCUAAAGUAUUAAUGACAUAAGUGGCGGUGUAAAAUGUGUCUAAAUGCUCAAGUAUGGUUUAACUCAUUCCAAUUUGUACCAAUUGUAAAGAUUUGGAGUAGCAAUUGUAUACUUCUGUAUAAGUAUUUUGUAAAUACCUUUGUGACUAUCUAUUCAGAAAGAUAUUUUUGGUGGCCAGUGUACAAUGCUGAAAUUAAAAUAUUUUAACUGUAACUUAAUUCAGGACUGAAGUAAUUGAGUUGAGAAAUAUUAAACACUUUAUCCAUCAACAUUUGUCUCCACUAGAUAGUUUGGAAUAUCUAUCAAAAGCAACUUGUACAAUUAUGUGUUUGCUAAUGUUUUGAUAUUGAAAAUGUACUGUUUAGUAUUAUACUUUAUCUAACAUUGCUUUAUUUUAGAAAUUGCCUUUUUCAAUGUUACAACAUACAUUCAAACCAGUAUUAGUGACUCAACAGCGAGGAACUUAGUCCAUUUUAUAAGUGUAUUUUGAAAGGUGUUUACUGAGAUUGUUUGCUGGUAGAACUUAAUUUUCUUGUCUGAAACCUCUGGUUCAGGAACAGUUUUGGAAAGGUUCUUGAGGUGAAACAAUACAAGAUUUAUGAAAUGGCAAAAACAUUGAAUAUAAUUGAUUUUUCUUCGACACAAAAUAUUAUGAUGUUUAAGUGGAAUUGGUUGCACUGAAUAUCCUGCUGUGCUCUUCAUGGUUACUGAAAUAUUUGCUCAAUAUGUAUAUGUAAAUUGGAAAAAUGGUUGUAUUACAGACUCAUUA